AGUCACCCCAGCGAGACAUGGAGGCAGGAAGCGCCGCGGUGCCGCAGCAACCCGCGCACGCCGACGACUACAAUGCGUCAUAUCGGGACAACAUUUGGUUGAGCCAGUUCCCUCUGGACCAUCAGUCUGUAUUGUAUUACUUCGCCGGGUCUCCGUGGUAUGACAAGAACUGCAACAACGAGAUCCUCAAGAUGCAACGCCGCCCGCUCGAGCAUCUACAGGGCAUGACCGGCAUCGAAUAUGAACUCCAGCCGAACGAUGCAAAGCAAGUGCCCCAGAUCCUGUAUGUCAUUCACAAAAAGAACCGAACGGGACCGCGCACAGCCCACGUCAUGGCUGUCUACUACGUGCUCGACGCCACGAUCUACCAAGCGCCAAACACGUACACGCUGCUGACGUCGCGCUUGAAAAAAUGCAGCUUCCGUGUCAACAAGGCGUUCAAGGCGCUCAGUGCGGGUGUGCGCUUCAGUCCUACCGAAGGGUAUGCGUGGGACUUCAGCACGGAGGAUUCUCCCGCGUCGGUGAUUCCAUCGGAGCAAUUGGCCGUCAAGCUCAAGCGCAAGUUCGAAAAAGAGGAAAAGAUCAAGCAGAACAGUGCGCGCGUCGACAGCAUUUUGUUUGGUCUCAUCAAGAAGGUAUGCAUCGAAUAUGUGCUCAUGGCAACGGCGAGAUGGUGAAAACAACUUGUUAGUACGCGCCCGAUGUCCUCGAGAACAAAGGCAUCGCCAAGACAGAACCUUCGCAGGCAGACGGUCCCCAAGCGAAACGACAAAAAAUGGCAGAGAAAUCGGGGACCAUGACUGCCGCUGCCACUUAAACAGCAUGAAAGGCACACGUUACUUGGUCUUUUUGCUUUCGGCACUCCCUGUCGUCGUGGGCGUUGCCUUGUUUGUAUUGUCCUUGUUGAGGUCUUCGACGUCGCUGUCGCCUGCCGACGAUAGCUCUUGAGGAGGUUGCACAGCUUUGGCCUUGGUCGACACCACAGGACUCGACACAUUGAUGCCUGGUUGGUGUUCUUCUCUCUUCAACGUCCUAAAGAUGGUUGGCAACAAGAGGAACACCACCAGGAACAGCGCAAAGCCUGCAGUGAUCCAUACGUUCUCCCCACAAAUGCUGUUGACCGGAGCAGGCAGGCAGAACUCUGCGGUCGGCACCGGCACGCGGGUGCGUCUUGGAAACGGCGGGUGUGAGGCCAUGAUGUACCAAAUGAUCG